CCACUUUAACUACGAACGUAAUACGCGUAGGUCCCCCGGAUUCGUCUCGUACACGCUGGGGCGAUCCCUUCGUGCUCUUUGCUUCUCUGCACCCAAAUUCUCUCUUUCUCUCUCAAUCUAUCUAUCUAUCUAUCUAUCUCUGUCUCUGUUCCUCCCUUCUUCGUUCUUUCUCCAGCACACGUGUGUAUAUGUUUUUCUAUGUGUACACUGUCAUUCGGAGCAGAGAACGUAACCUUGAAAAGCCCACCCUCGGAGCGCAAGUUCAAUCGCAGCGGCCGAAGCAACGCUUUUUUUCCGCUAACACGGAUGAUAGAGAAAAUUCGCGACAAAGGCGGCCGAUCACAUCGAUCAUAAUCGAUGAUAAGAUGUCGACGUAGGUGAUCGGGAAAUAGUACGGAGAGGUGACGUCUAGAAGCUGGUGCUAGAGGGUAAGCCGUGCAUUUUUAGGUUAGGCCAGAGAGACGGAAAGUUUUCGGAACGCUCAGAAGCAGCGAAGAUGUUCCUUCGGAUGUAAAUGGUGAACGACGCUGUUGCGAGCGAGAGUAGUAUUAUAUGAGAGGCAGCAUGGUUCAAAGGUCGGUCGCGCCCAAGCGCAAUGUUAGGAUUUUGUUGAUCGGUGAUCGCGGGGUCGGCAAGACCUCCCUAAUUUUAUCGUUGGUCAGCGAAGAAUACGCCGAGGAUGUGCCCUGCAAGGCGGAGGAAAUCACGAUACCGGCGGACGUUACGCCCGAACAAGUGCCUACACACAUUGUUGAUUAUUCAGCGGCGGAACAGACAGAGGAUCAGUUGUCGGACGAAAUCCAAAAGGCACAUGUAAUUUGCGUUGUAUAUUCUGUAGUGGACGAGGAUACAUUGGAUAGAACUGCUACUUACUGGUUACCAAUGAUCAGACGAUGUUCAACUAAUAAUCGUUGUCCAAUUGUACUUGUGGGAAAUAAAAUAGACCUUGUCGAUUAUUCUACUAUUGAGGCCGUAUAUCCUAUAAUGAAAGAAUUUACCGAGAUCGAGAGUUGUAUCGAGUGUUCCGCCAAAACUUUGCAAAAUGUAUCAGAAACUUUUUAUUAUGCACAAAGAGCUGUUUUACAUCCUACCACCCCAUUGUACAAUUAUGAUACCCAAGAGCUCACAGAGGAAUGUAAAACUGCUCUCCAAAGAAUUUUUAAAAUAUGUGACUUGGAUAACGAUGGUCUAUUAAACGAUAUGGAGCUCAAUGCAUUUCAGCAGUGGUGCUUUAACACUCCGCUACAACCACAGGUCCUGGAGGAUGUGAAAGCUGUAUUAUCAAAAAAUAUUCAGGAUGGAAUCUGCAAUGGAUGUGUUACAAUGAAAGGUUUCAUGUAUCUCCAGUGCUUGUUCAUACAACGUGGACGAAAUGAGACUACUUGGGCAGUAUUGAGGAAAUUUGGUUAUGACAAUGAAUUGCAAAUGUCAAAAGAAUAUAUAAAUCCUCCUUUAAAGGUUCCUUCUGGAUGCACAACCGAGUUGUCUCACAAAGGUCAGGAGUUUUUAACGUUAUUGUUUAUGCAACAUGACAGAGAUCGGGAUGGUGCUCUCUCACCACCAGAAUUGGAAUCGUUAUUUUCAAGGUGCCUAACUCCACCAUGGGGUGACGAGUACAAGUAUACUGUCCCAACCAAUGAAAAGGGUUGGCUUACAUUUCAAGGAUAUGUGUGUCAAUGGGCGCUAUUAACUCUUACCAAUGUGCGCAAAGCAUUAGAAUAUAUGGCAUAUCUAGGCUACAAUAUGUAUAAUAACGAAUGUCAGACUAACGCAGUUUUAGUUACCCGCGAGAAAAAACUGGAUUUGGCGAAAAAGCAAUCGAGCAGGAAUGUGUACAGUUGUCACAUCAUUGGUCCGAAGAGUAGCGGAAAAACGACAUUAUGCAGAACGUUUAUUGAUCCCAAGCUCGAGAAAUUAACUGAUGAGUCGGUCCCAUCGAAUGCACAUGUAACGGUAAACACCGUUCACGUGUACGGUCAGGAGAAGACAAUCAUCUUGCGGGACAUAAAUAUAAUGAACGUUCAGGAUGCUUUAACUCCGGCACAAAUUCAAUGCGAUGUUGCAGCUCUCGUUUACGAUGCUAGUAAUCCAAAAUCGUUUGAAUUUAUUGCCCGAGUCUAUAUUAAAUAUUUUGCAGAUAGUAAGAUACCUGUUCUUAUCAUAGCAAAUAAGAGCGAUCUUUCCGAAGUGAAACAAGAGUACUUGCUGCAGCCAGUAAGUUUUUGCAAAAAGUACAAACUGAUGCCACCGCAACCGUACAGCAUCUCCCGCACCGUACGACGUGAAAUCUUCGUUAAACUAGCAACAAUGGCAGCUUUCCCCCGAUUUCAAGGAGCAUGGGUAUUAUUUUACAGAGACAGUCCUUUGAGGCGUAUGGUCCACAUGUUGCUUGACAAAUCCUCACCCACUCAAUGGUGGAGUUCUUUUACAAGGCAUAUAAAUCAAUUUGGACUCAUGCAAGGGGACUCCAUUGUCUGGUGGAAAGCUGGCCUUGGAAUUGCAGUCGCCACUGUCGCGGGCUUCGUGGUGAUGCGUGUAUUGAACACAGAAAAAAGAUAGUCUACCAUAUCCAUUUUCUUGCACAUUUAACUGCCUCCUUUAACCGAGUAUAAAGCCGUCUUUGAGAAACGCGUUAAGUUAAUAAACUAUGUUCUUAAAUCAUUAA